AUGCAUGACCUAAUGACUGAUUUUGAGACUGUUACCCCUGAUAUAUGGUUGGCAAACGAAGAAGCAUGGAAGGCCAAGCUUUUAAAACUGCCGAACUGGCACCAAAUUCCUUUGAUUAAUUGCAAUGCGUCCCACCACCUGCCUGAUGGUACACUUGCCCGUUUUCGAGGUAUGAUUCAGGAUAUGCACAACCCUGAGUUUUAUUUUGAACAGUUUGAAGUAUACAAUUCUGUUACAAAUGAAGUUAAAAACAAAACAGGCAAGUACAGAGAUACUGCUAAUAUUUUGGAAAAUGAGAAAAUAAACUAUGCGCAAAAUCUUAAAAGCGCACAGCGUCAAACCAUGGUAAUGAUAUCUCUGCCAGGUUACAAUGAUUGGGCACAAAACAUAGAAGAAAAGGACAACCAUUUAAAACACCUAGAACAGCAACCUAACACAUCAAAACGUCUCAACCAUGAAAGCAUGAAGUUAAAACGGACAUAUGAAGAGGCAGAAGAAGAUUCCGAUGCUAUGGAAGUUGUUGAUGAAACUUCUACAAUUAAAGAGUCUAAAAAAACCGAGAUAUAUAAUAAUACAGCAACGGUUGUAUCCAGGGAGCAUUUAUUAAAUUUUCCACUGCCUGAUAUGCCUAGCAAGUCUUGUAUUGUUAAGGUAUAUGAUGAAAGUGAUAACCUUAAGCUGAAUGAAAUUAUAGAAGUAGUGGGCUUCUUAUCAGUGGAUCCAGCUUUGUCUGGAGAGUUCCAACCUGAUAAGGACCCUUUAUUGGAACCGGAGACAGAAAAUGAUGUUGAGACUAUAACGCACAACCCCCCACCAAGCUUAGUGCCAAGACUGCAUGCUGUUUAUGUGAAAAAACUGGCACAUUGUAACCCUUUGGUGACCAGUUUUGAUCAAGAAAAGGUAUUAAAAGAAGCUAACUCAGCUAGAGAACAUUUGCUGAAAGCGCUUACAGAGCUGUUGCUGGGAGACAAGUUAGCAGCCGAAUAUCUGAUAUGUCAUCUAAUAGCUUGUGUUUACCUACGCCAAGAGACUCUCACCCUUGGUCAGUUUUGCCUGAACCUCUCAAACCUGCCGAUACAAAAGUAUCCUGCUUACGCCAAACAAUUGUAUGACAUCAUUAAACAAUUUGUCACCAAGAGUUAUUAUCUACCACUCACCAUUAACAACAUGAAUACAUUCAGUUUGUUACCCAAAAAAGACUAUGAAUGCAACCGGCUCACAAGUGGCAUACUACAGCUCAGUAAAAACACUCAUCUGGUUCUAGACGAGACCAAAAUGGAACAGGGUCGUUUGGACUCGACCGGUGUCAAUAACAUAGCUGCGUUGGGCAACAUGAUUAUGACACAAAAAGUGGAAUAUGAUUUCAAGUAUUACAAAAUGGAAUUUGAUUCUGAUGUCGCUGUGCUGAUAUUGUCAGAAGGGAAAUCAUUAUUACCGAGUGACUACCAUGUUCCACUAAGGCCCGAAGAAUCUUCAUUACAAAUAUUUGAUGCCAUAGUAGAAGCAGCCACUUACUACUUGAAAGAGGAGAUCAUGAACAUCAUUAGAACUUACUUAACUUGCCUUAAGCUUGUCAAAUACACUAUAAACGAAAAUUUACAGUUUGUAGAAGAUGAUUUCAUAGAAAUGCGAAGUAAAUCAAACACAGAGAGUCCAGUUACCGCAGACGAUUUACACAGGUUGUUGGUAUUAGCUCGACUAGUGAGCCUUUCCCGAGGUUUUGACACACUCAACAAGGACUGCUGGGAGAUCACCAAGAGUAUGGAAGCAGAAAGGCUGCACAGAAUCAAGAAUAGGGUCUCAACUACGCUAUAA